AGAAGACUCAAGAAGGAGAACAAGGUGACAUGGGGCAGGAGUAAAGAGGACGAAGAAUGCAACCUUUUUGGGAGCGACAACGAGGGGGACGCCGAGAAAAACGAAGAUGAGGAGGAAAUAGAUCUGGAGAGCAUAGACAUCGACAAGAUCGACGACAACGACGGGGAUCAAAGCAACGAGGAGGACGAAGAAAAGCGCGGGGAGCUCGAGGCCUUCGAGAAAUCCAAAUCCAACGCCAUUUCCGGCAGCAAAGAGCC